AGAAGGCUGCCAUACAAGUAAUCAGUCUGACCGAUGGGCCCCACCUUCUCGGUAAUUCUACCUUGCUCUUCGAGAAUUCGGGACGCGGAGGCGCCCGGGUUCCGUCGCUCCCCCCGUCGCUUCUAGGACCUUCCUCUAGGGUUAGGUCUCCACGCAGACCCCCCCCCCCCCUCAUCGGCUUCCUGCACCUUCCGGGGCAACAGCGCGAUGUGGCACGAGGCGCGGCGGUCCGAGCGGAAGGUCCACGACCUCAUGGACGCCGCGCGCCGCCGGGCGCAGCGCCGCGCUGCCUACCUCGCCCGCCGCCGUGGGGACCCGCAACAGGCCAUCCAGGUCUCCGGCACAAGGUGCCGCGUCCACCGGGACGACGCGCUCUACCAGGCCACAGAGGACCAGCAGGGAUUGAUACCGUGGAAUGGGAAGCAAGAUAUUUUGAUUGACAGAUUUGAUGGCCGUGCACUACUUGACUUCAUCCGAGACUCUAGCUCUCGGCCUUUUCGAGUCCAAGAAAAGUCUGAUGAAGAGGAAGAGUUAGAGGAAUUUGUUAAUUUUGAACGUUAUCGGGAUUUGAUUAAGCAUCGUCGUAGAGGAUUCUCUGACGAGGCGGGCUGGCAGCAUGUUGUGCAAGAGUUGGAGGCAAAAGCUGUUCUUCCUUUUAGCUUUGAGAAACCUCAAUCCUCACAGCCUCCUGCUAGCAAAGGUGCAUAUUCACAGGUUGGAUACUCAUACAAAGGGGAUGAUAAUGAAGAAGCUGAAGAUCUAAACAGUGAUGAUGAAGAAGAAGAUGAUGAGGAUGACAAGGACUUCAGCAGUGAUGAUAGCAGUGAUGAGCGGAUGGAAAGUAUAGCCAAGGAGUUUGGGGUAAAAAGAUAUAACUGGCUUGUUUACAUGGACAAAAAAGCUAAAGAAGAGGAGAAGCGGCAGAAAGAAAUUAUUAAAGGCGACCCUUCCAUUAAAAAGUUGAGUCGUAGAGAAAGAAGGAAAGCUUCUCAAGUUGAGAGGGAAAGAGAGCGGGAUGCAGCACGUUAUGUUGGAAGGGUAUCUUGUCAUGAUCCUUAUAGGGAACAAAGGAGAAGCCCGUCAUAUGAUGCAUAUUCUAGGGGCAGAAGAUCAAAGUCACAAUCAAGAUCUCGAUCACCUUCCUAUUCUAGACGUCAUGGCCGUGUUACACAUGCUGAAAGCAGUUAUCGGAGCAAGCCAAAGCCUCCAAAGGUUGAAUACAUUACUGAAUUUGGAGGUUCAGAUGCCACAAGUGAGCCGAAAAUUGCAGGGAUCUCUCCGCCUUCAUCUCCAAUACGAAUUGACAUACCUAACCGGUCAUCAGGCGGCCAAAUUCUUGAGGCACUUCACAGUGACCCUGCAUCUUCUUUGUCUGUGGAACAGGAAAGAGGUGCAAAAACUUUGAAACUGCUCACCAGUACACCAGCACUAGCCAAACUAAGCAAGGGUGCUUCUGGAGGAACUGGUAAAACUCCCCAGACUGAAAAGAAAGAAACACCACAAGAAAGACUUAAAAGGAUAAUGAGCAAACAGCUUAACAAACAAAUUCGAAAGGACACAGCUGCUGAGAUUGCAAAGAAACGGGAACAAGAACGACAAAGGCAGAAAAAACUUGCAGAAGUGGGUCGAUACAGGCGUCGUAGCAGCAGUAGUCUUAGCCGUUCGCCACCAAGAAGGGGACGAUAUAGCAGAAGCCGUAGUAGGAGCAGAAGUCCAAGAAGGCACCAUUCUCGAUCACGCUCCAGUUCCCGGUCGCCGUCUCGCUCUCCAAGGUACAGAAGCAGGUCAAGACACUGAAAACACCCCAACUCUGCUGAUGAAGUGCCUUCCGUUGUAGCCUUACCAUGUUUAGUUUUAUUUACUUUUACCUUUCCCUAUAUUGUUAAUUUGUGUACUCAUGAGAAACCUCCUUGGUCCCUUUUUAGUCUUAUUGAGAGAGUGUAUUGUAUGGGAAUUGAUAUGAAUGAUUAAGAAUAUAAUAAUAUUUAAUGUGAAUUAAUAGUAA